GUUUCAUCUUAGCUGAAGAUAUAUACAAUUUGUUGAUCCAGUUUUAAUUAAGUUGUUCCGGUUUUGAUAAGAACAAAGCAAGGUGAAAGAUGGAAGGUGAUACUCAUGAUGCUAAAAAGAAUGUAGAUCAACUAAUGAAUGUGAGCCCUUCAAGCCUACACGACUUAUCAAAGCCGAGAAACUUGUUACGCAAGAAAAGUGGACGAUGCUUAGCGGUUUUGAGCAGCGGGAAGUGUUUACGGAUAUUCAAAAACAGUCCCAAAGUAUCAUGUAGUGACGAGUUCUCUACUUCUUCUCCAAGUCGUUUCUUGAGGAAACUAGGAGCAGACUAUGAUGCUGACCAAUCUCGGAAGGUAAUCUCUUUACCUAGCAACAACUCCUCGUCUCCGUCUACAGACGUUUCUCAAGGAACCGUUGAGAUCACUAUGAGAGCCAAUGGGAUGCCUCGUUUUGUUUUUAAAUUGGAUAAUCAAAAAGAUGUUUACGUGGCAAGCUUAAGCAGCAAUGCUGAUGAGUAUUUGUAUAUGAUUCAUCUUCAAAGAGAAGAAUCAUCAUCAUCACCAUCGCUGCUAGUUGGUAGAAUAAAGGUAUCGACGUUGUCCUCAAGUACAUUGUUGAAUGAGAGGUUCAUAGAGAGAAACUUUGUUCUGUUCAGUAACAAUGGUGAGCACUUGAAGAUCCCUUGUCAAAAGAGAAACAGAGGAGUGUCUAAAAAGGUAGUUGAUGUGAUGAAGAAGAACACUGAGAAGUUGGAACAGCCAAAUUUUGUUCAAGAGCAGGUGAAUCUAUUGGAAAACAACCCUCCAACAAAUCUUGAAACGUUAGCUAUUGUUGUGAAACAAGAGUUUCUUGAAGAAGAGGAGGAAACAGGGGGGUGGGGAUUGAAGUUCUUGAGGAAAUCUUCGUUGGUACGAACUGAAAGUGGAAGUUUAAGGUAUAAGACAAGUGUGGAUGUUGUAAUACCAGCAGGGAGUCAUGGAGGGCCUGAAGAUGGACCAUCGAGUUUGAUAGAGAGGUGGAAAUCUCAAGGAAACUGUGACUGUGGAGGAUGGGACUUGGGUUGUUACUUAACCCUUCUUAGUGGCAAACCAAGAGAAGAUAAUCUCUUGGAGCUAUUAGUAGAGGGAUCAAAACAUGAGACGACUGUACUAAGGAUUGAGAAGCUUCAACAAGGACAUUACUUUGUUCAAUUCCAAACAGCAUGGCUAUCUGUUUUGCAAUCUUUCUCGAUUGCUAUAGCAUUAUUACAUAGUCAGAACAACGAGCUACGAAAGAUAUAAUCAUCAUUAUUAUUGUAUAAUUAUUUUCUGCUUUUAGCAUUAAAUUAAGGCAAAAAAGUAAAAACCAUUGAUUAAUGAUGUCUGAACAACCAAACCAUUUGAAUGUCGCACAUAUUGUCAGAAAAUAAAAUAAAACAAUCUACCAAAAUUAUCAAAUCUCUUUUGAAAGAUAACCAAACGCCAGCCAAACCGAUUAGCGAUUGAUUUGAUCUUUUAAGAUUAGACAAUGGCAUUGGCAGCACUAGCAAUUCUUGGCCAGAGAUCAGCGCACUCUUUACCAAUAGGACCAGUGAUCGCAGAACCUUUCAUUUCUCCCUUGGGGUUCACGAUGACUCCAGCAUUAUCU